UCAGGGUAAGUGUGUGUGUGUGUUAUGUUGAUUUUCCAGCGUUUAUUCAUCUCUGCUGCUUCACUCCUCAAACAUCACCAGGACUGACACACUAAACCGCUUUAGUCGCUCUUCUGUUAUCACGACUAAUCGAGUUAUUCGCCUGCUGAUCCACUGUGCUACUGUAUCUGUCGCCAGAUAUGCUCUAAUCCUGUCAGGAAUAUUCUUCUGCUCUCGCACGAGUUGAUGAUUGACUGAGACUCCUCCCAAACAAACUUCCUCAAACUCGCUGCAAUGGAGAUCCGAGUCGGAUCGGAAGCUCUCUUCGCCCUCGAGUCUUCUUAGAUGGUUAGUUUGUUUCCACAUGAUGUCCGAUCUGAAGAGGCAGAUGUCCUGGCACGAGGAUUUCGCCAGAAACCUCUCCAGAUUCUUUUCCAGAAAUAAAUCCGCGGACAGCGAGGGGAAUGAAAGUGAGGUCAGAGAGGCUGAUGGAUCGGCAGUGAGCGGCAGCGCUGAUCAAACCCCUGAGAAGCACCUGAACACAGCACAGGAGUCGCAGUCGUCUGACGCGCCGGACGGAAACAUAGCGUCACAGACGGAGGACGGAUCUCGAGGGGAUGCCGGGGACUCGGCUCCUCCAAGCGCCUCCACUGUGCCCCCUGCUGAUGGCUUCCUCAGACGCCUGGGCAGCCUGUUUCAUUUCAGCCGGGCAGAACCGGCCGAAGCCCAGCGAGAGAGACUGAGCGACGCGGACAGCAGCAGUCUGACUACAGGACAGAGAGACACGCAAACAAGCGCAGAGACACUGGAGAGCAGAGGAGGGGCGGAACCACGUGAUCCAGCGCUGGAGCCAUCCGUGUGUCAUUCAGAGCUCACACACACACCUUCAGAGGAGCAGACUGAGGAAGACAGAAGUGAUGCCGUAAACAUCGAUGCCAAAGAGAGCUUGGAGGACAAGAGACGGUAUGAUCUAGCCUGUCCUCCUGUAGUGACUUACGGCAGGUACCGUGGAUUGAGGGAAGUCCGGAAACCAAAGAAGAAGCAGCAUUGCGUCGAGCUUCAUUCGCCCAUCUCUGAGGGAGAAGAGGCUACACAAUCCGACGGCCAUGAGGACAGUGAGAUCUCCUCUUGCACUGUAGACAUCAUGAGCUCUGAUAGUCAGGAAAAUCCCACUCCCGUAAAUCAAGCAUCUCCUUCCCAGGCUCAGAGUGUCUUAUCAGACCAGGUUCCUGAACUAACUCCAGCCCACCAACUCCCUCAUGUUGCAGGCUCUGGCCCGUCGCUUUCCUGCGUAGAGACAGAACAAAGUCCGCCGAAGGACCCAGUGAACAGCGGACAGGAGCAUCUCGCUCAGAGUGCUACGCCACAGACGCUAUCGGGGGACAACGAUGAUCUGACCGUUUCAGACACCAGCACAGACCAUCACGACACUCAGAGCUCAGAGUCAUCUUUAAUUGUAGACAGAACGGAUGAUCUAGUCCCUGGUUCUCAGACGUGCUGGACUCUGGAGGAGUUUGAGCUGAAACGGGCUGUGGUGGAUUUUGGGAUGGAUGAAGAAGUCCUGCAAUUGGACUCUAAAAAGAUGGUGGAUAGCAUCCUGACAAAUGCCCUCGCUGCCUUGCACAAGAUGGAAGCAUCUGAGACGGAGCGUGAGGUCCUGUCGACCCAUGAACCCAGCGAAGGCUCAGAGGCAGUGCUGUUUGAAGGGUCAGAUGGCCGUGGAGAUGGAGGCACUAAUGCAGAGCAUCAGUUUGGCGUGAUGUUGACGGACCAGACGCUGUCUGCGGUUCUCGAGGGAACGCUAGCAGGCCAUGUGGACUGCAGCAGGUCACCGCCCUCCUCAGGGUACGAGUCCAUCGCUGGCUCCGACACGGACAUCAGGUGCAUCGUGGGCGUGGCCUCUGACGUCAUCACUACCAGCGCUCCAACUGGCUCUCAGAACGAGAAUCAAGCCGUUCUUGAAAAUCUUUCUGAAGAAAAGAACGUGGAUGGAACCCGUAAGAGCAGCGGGAGAAACUCUGUGCUCAGUGCUGCUGCUGAUGAGCCAUUAUCCCCUAAUCUCCAUAAAAUAGACAUCAAGCUCUUAUCGGAGGAGUCUCUCUGGCGUGAGCAGCACACGGGUGAUGUCUCCGUAUGUGAAGCGGAGUGGGUAAGAGGGGAAAAGAGACCUCAGGAUACAGCCAAAGACAAUGCAAUGAGCAAUAACUGUAGACUCAGCCUGAAUGGUUCCUGUGGCACUUCUGGCACGGCUCCAUCAGCGCAUCAGGAGAGUCUUCAACAAAGCCAAAUUCUCAGUGCAAUGGGAAAGUCAGACCCCGUUAGCCACAGUCUUGCAUCUGACACAGCGGAUGCAGAUAUAAUGUCAGAAAUCACACAAAGCCAUCAACCUGAGAAGACUGAAGGCAGUGGUGAGCAGGAACAGGUCUGCCGAGUCUCUCGGGCUGGAAUAGAUUCACGUGUCCUGCCAUCCGUGACUGAAGUUCACCAUCCUUCUCAGUGGGCCACGGUCCAAGCGUUUCGCUGCGACGUCACCGAUGACCAAAGCCUGAGCUCCGCUACGCUCCAGACAGAGCUCAGCGUGAACCGAGCAGAUGCUGGAGUGCCAGUCGUGUCAGUUUCUGGUCGUAGAAUUCACCUCGACGCCGUGGACAGCUCCAGCAGAACUGCGGCUGUCGUUCCCCAACACUCCCGGUUUCACGAUCUUGAACUCCACCAGGUCGACGGAGGCUUCGCCAUCAUCAGCGAGGAGGAGGAGAGUGACAUGGUGUUCGUGAACGACAUGGGGCCCAUGCACAGUCCUAGCGCACGUCGAGCCAAAGCAUACCCCUUCUCCCUGUCCCCCAUCUACGAGGAGGAGUUCGGCCGCGAGGAGGCUUCAGGGCAGCAGACACUGCAGGUUCCUCCAGCGACAGAAGAGGAGCAGAGGAGCGUGGAGCAGCCGGCCUCGUCCAUCCUCUCCCUCCUGCAGUCGGUCAGCGAGAAGCUACAGUCCAGUGUGGUCUGCAGUUCAGUCGAGGAGUCCGUCCACGCACCGCUGAGCGGAGACGACAGUGAGGACGAUGACGAGGACUCCAGCAUCCUACAGAGCCGCCAGCUCAUCGAGGCCAAACCUGAGCGUGAGACUGCUAAUGACACUCCGGAUAGAAUACAGGAGGAACGGGAAUGUGAUGACACAUUGUUUAAUAUUGGAAAGAACACCAAUACACCUUUCUAUCAGUACUUGAAGUCUGGAAUAAUGCCAUCAGGUGAUGAAGAACCUGAAGACACUAAACACACUGCGUGUUGUAGCGCAGGCAACACAACGGGAGAGAUCAGAGGGUUCGGAAAGGUCAACCCUAGACCUGCAGCAGUGCUCAUCUACGAGAGUCAGUCGCUGAGCGGUGAGAGGAGAGACAUCUGUGAUGACGUGGAGGAUGCUGGGAGGGAUCUGUUUGCUGACAGAGGAACGCUUCACGCGCUGAGAGGAUGCUGGCUGCUGUAUGUGGACUCGUGGUUCCGCGGCUCAUGUGUUCUUCUGGAGGACGGUCAGACUGUGAGGACCAGCGGAGGAUCUCAGCAGGACCUGAAGGAGACCAGUGGGCUGACUGUGGGCUCCAUCAGGAAGCUGCUGAAGGAUGACUGCGUUCCAGAGAUCCAUCUGUAUCCCAGCUCGUCUCAGACCGUCCGUCUUCAUUCUGCGUCAGACCUGACCGGUGCUCCGGUGCUGCUCUCUGACCUCUGCAUCAGGACCGGAUGCUGGGUGGUUCAUGAGCAGCCUGGAUUCAGCGGCAGAUCCGCCGUUCUGGAAACUGACGGGAGAGUCACGCCGGUUCUCCAGGGUUCCCUCCUGUCCUGCGUGAAGAGUCUCCGGCCGUUAAAACUGGGUGGGCUGCAGGUGAGCAGACCGCUGGACCCGAAGAUGCUGUUGUUCGAGAAGCCGCAGUUCCAGGGUGUGUUCAGGGAGCUGCUGGAUCACGCGCCCCGUCUGACGGACACCGCUGCAUCUCUGCGGGUCACGGGUGGGAUAUGGGUGGCGUUCUCCAGCGAAGGGUUCAGAGGUCAUCAGUGUGUGCUGGAGGAGGGGGAAUACUCAGACUGUACGCGUCUGUUCGGCGGGACGGAGCUGUGGAUCCAGUCGCUGCGCUGUGUUCAGACUGAUUUUCUGCAGCCUGCAGUGAGUCUGAAGAUCUGUGAUGAGGACAUCGACGAGCAUCAGGAGAUCCCCGAUCUGCAGGAGACCGACGGCUUCUGCGUGAAGAGCGGAGCGUGGGUUGCGUACAGCGAGAGGUGUUUCACAGGACAGCAGUGUGUUCUAGAGAAAGGUCAUUAUCCCGGGCUGCUGGACUGGGGUGCUGGACGGAGCUCAGCGCGGUCACUGCGGCCCAUUCACAGGGACAUCUGUUGGAUUGCGGAACCAAAGUUUUUGCUGCGUGUUUACAGCCAGACGCGGUACAGCGGUCAGAGCCGAGAGUUUGAGAGCGGCGUUCCUGACUGUGGUGUUCCAGGUGUCGCGUCGCUGCGGGUGAUCCGAGGAAGGUGGCUGCUGUUCGAUGAGGAGUGUUACUCUGGUAACCAGUAUAUCCUGGGGGAGGGGCAUUACCCUGACCUCACUUCCUGUGGCUGCACAUCCACAGCCAUCAAGUCUUUAAAGCCCAUUCCAUACAGUUUGGCGGAGCCGUCCGUGAGUCUCUUCUCUCUCAGCGGUUUUGAAGGCCUUGAGGAUCGCUGGUGUUCAGACGCGGAGAACAUGAGCCACUUCUUCCUCCAGUCUGUGAGAGUCCACAGCGGCCUGUGGGUGGCGUAUGAAUACGCUCGCUUUAAGGGCCGGCAGAUGCUGCUGCAGCCGGGAGGGUAUCCGGUUUGGACAGAACACAGCGGCUGGGACACGAUCGGAUCGCUGAAGCCUCUCAGACAGCCCAAAGCGUACAUCCAGCUGCGGAGCCGAGCUCUGGGUUCAGUUCUGACCAGCGAGAGUCUUCCAGACGGGUCCUUUCCAGCCAAACUCUUCCUGAGUCCCACCGAUCGCUCGCUGGACACGCAGCGCUGGAUCUUCAGCCACGGCCUGCUGAAGAACGCGGCGCGGGGGGGCUGUCUGUCUGUGAUCGGUGCGAAAGCCUGUGCCGGGGCCCCAGUGGCAUUAUGGGAAGAGCACGGGCGUGUCAACCAGCGCUGGAGUCUGAAUGAGGACGGAAGCAUCUGCUCUCAUCUGAACCGCAGCCUGGCGCUGGACCUCAGAGGUGGAUGCGGCGCGGACAGAGAUCAUCUGAUUGUGAGUCCGCUUCACGCCGACAGCGCCACUCAAACCUGGGACAUCGACGUGCUGUGAAACACAGCAACACACGUGAGCAUAUCAGGGACUGAGACCAGAGCACAUCAUUCAGAGUGCUCAGCUACAAGCCAAUAACUGAUUCUGGGCCGUUUUCCUGGAAAGGACAGUCUAGCACGGUUUGAAACUGCACUGUGACAGUGGAGGUGUUUGUUUUUAUCUUGUGAAGCGCGUUUGCACUAGCAGAAACCUCACAUGCGUUCUGCAGAUGUUUCAGAUGUAGUCAUGCUUCAGUCCGCCUGGAAGUGUUGGCUCCAGCUGUAGUGUCACGAAAGCAUUCAGAAGGUUAAAGCUAGUCAUUUCACUGGAGUCCUUCAGGAACACUAACGUGUGUUUCGAGUCCGCCGUAAAUGAACCACAAACAUAUAACGUGUACGGCGACGCUCAAAAGCAGCAUUUUUUAAAGAAUCGCAACAAUAAAUUGAAACCGUAAAAUGCAUUACGUGUGUUCAUUUGAAUAUUUGUUGCACGAUAUUUCACACAGUUUGUUUUAUUCAGCAUUCAGCUACCAUUAGUCACACAACCCCUCACAGUUCUGAGACGUUUGUUCCUGAUGAAGAUUCACGAGGACCACAGACACACACAGAAGGUUGAGCUCCAGCGUGUCGGUCGUUUUCAGAUCUUCAGCACAUGCACUGAUGAUGUUUGUCAGACCUGCAGCAGCCCCAGCAGCAGCCCCAGUUUACCUUCAUCCUUCAGACCCGGAGACUGAAGAAGCUCAGCGUGAGAGCGGUGCGACUGCACAAGCAAGACACAUGAGCACUGUUAGUCUGACGGACCUGCGAGACGACCUCUUCAUCCUCAUCAUCAUCAGAUGUUCCCAUCAUGUGUGUUUCUCUCUUGUUCUUCAAAGAAUGCAACACAAACACGACCAGCUCUGUGGCCUCGUCCUGAUCAGAGAGACAGUAAUAAUAUUCAAAUAAAGCAAUAAGCCCCGUGAAACCGUGGUUUACAGUGAAUUUAUAACAGCUAAGGGGCGUUGUUACGACGCGAAGCAGAGUGCGUAAAACUCCCUUAGCUGUUAUAAGUUCACUGUAAACCACGGCUUCACGGGGCUUAUUGCUUUUAUAAAACGGUUAUUCCA